CCGGAGCCCGGGGAGCUCCUGGGCGAGGAGGAGGAGGAGGACGUGUUCGGGGAAGGGCUGCCGGCCAGACUCCCCGAGAUCAUGCUGGUGGGGACCCAGUCCUUCUCGCCCGGAGGGCCCAAUGGCAUCAUCCGGAGCCAGUCCUUCGCGGGGUUCAGCGGCCUGCAGGAGCGGCGGUCCAGGUGUAACUCCUUCAUCGAGAAUGUGUCUGCGCUCAAGAAGCCCCAGGCCAAGCUGAAGAAGAUGCACAACCUGGGGCACAAGAACAGCAGCCCCCCGAAGGAGCCGCAGCCCGCCCGCGUGGAGGAGGUGUACCGGGCGCUGAAGGGCGGGCUCGACGAGUACCUGGAGGUCCACCAGACGGAGCUGGACAAGCUGGCGGGGCAGCUGAAGGACAUGAGGAGGAACUCCCGCCUGGGUGUGCUGUACGACCUGGACAAGCAAAUUAAAACGAUCGAGCGGUACAUGCGGCGCCUGGAGUUUCACAUCAGCAAGGUGGACGAGCUCUACGAGGCUUACUGCAUCCAGAGGCGCCUGCAGGACGGCGCCAACAAGAUGAAGCAGGCCUUCGCCUCGUCCCCGCACAGCAAGGCCGCGCGGGAGAGCCUGGCCGAGGUGCACCGGAGCCACAAGGAGUACACGGAGAACAUGUGCGCCAUCGAGGUGGAGCUGGAGGGCCUGCUGGGCGAGUUCUGCAUCCGGAUGAAAGGCCUGGCCGGCUUCGCGCGCCUCUGCCCCGGGGACCAGUACGAGAUCUUCAUGAAGUACGGCCGGCAGCGGUGGAAGCUGAAAGGCAAAAUCGAAGUCAACGGCAGGCAGAGCUGGGACGGAGAGGAGACGGUGUUCCUGCCCCUGAUCGCCGGGCUCAUCUCCAUCAAGGUCACAGAGGUCAAAGGGCUGGCCACCCACCUGCUGGUGGGCAGCGUGACCUGCGAGACCAAAGAGCUGUUUGCAGCCCGGCCUCAGGUGCUGGCCGUGGACAUCAACGACCUCGGCACCAUCAAGCUGAACCUGGAGAUCGCGUGGUACCCCUUCGACGUGGAGGACGUGACCCCGUCGGCCGGCACGGGGAGCAAGGCGGCCGCCCUGCAGCGCAGGAUGUCCGUGUACAGCCAGGGCACCCCCGAGACGCCCCCCUUCAAAGAGCACGCCUUCUUCCGGUGGCUGCAGCCCUCCCCGGACAAGCCUCGGCGGCUGUCCGCCCUGAGCGCCUUGCAGGACACGCUGCUGGCCAAGCUGCACCGCAGCCGCUCGGUGUGCGACCUGCCCUCCCUCAGGCUGAGGCCCCCGGCCGUGCUGGAGUCCUACUCGAACCUCCCGGACGACACCUUCGAGAACGACAAGGCGGCCGAGGAGAAGAGGCCGCUGUCCCUCAGCUUCGAGGACCUGCCCAACGGGCACUGCCUCCCCACCGGCCCGGCCCGGCCCGAGAUCACCGUGACCCCCGCCGAGCUGCACCGGCGCCCCAGCGCCCAGGACUCGGGCUCCGUGUCCUCCCGCGGCUCCUCGGCCGGCGGCCCAGGGCCCACGCCAUCCCCCGAGGAGGACGCGGAGGGGCCCCCCGGCACCGAGGCCCGCCCGGCGCCCCCGGGGCCGGCCGCCGGCCGCCUCUUCCUGGAGAGGGCCGUGGCGGAGGCGCUGCUGCGGGAGUCGGACGAGGCCUCGGAGCUGAAGCCGGUGGAGCUGGACGCCUUCGAGGGCAACGUCACGAAGCAGCUGGUGCAGCGGCUGACCUCGGCCGAGGCGCCGGCCGCGGCCAUGGCCGAGAGGCUGCCGUCCGAGGGGCCGGCGGGCGGCGGGGAGCCGGACGGCGGCCGGGCCUUCCUGGACGGGAGCCUGGAGGACGCCUUCCAGGGGCUGUUCCUGGCGCUGGAGCCCCACAAAGAGCAGUACCAGGAGUUCCAGCAGCUGAGCCAGGAGGUCAUGCACCUGGACGAUGUCCUCAAAUGCAAGCCGCCCGGGAGCCGCAGCACGCCCUCCAGCCUGAGCCUGACGGUGGAGAGCGCCCUGGAGAGCUUCGACUUCCUGAACACCUCUGACUUCGACGAGGAGGAGGAGGAGGAGGACGGGGACGAGGGGGGCCCCGUGGGCGGUGCCGACUCGGUGUUCUCCGACACGGAGACGGAGAAGAACGGGUGCAGGUCGGCCCACCCCGAGGCCAGGGCGCACCUCAGCGAGGCGCUGACGGAGGACACGGGCGUGGGCACCAGCGUGGCAGGCAGCCCCCUCCCACUGACCACGGGCAGCGAGAGCUUGGACAUCGCCAUCGUCCGGCACCUGCAGCAGUGCACCCGGCUGGUGCAGCAAAUUGUCUUCUCCAGCAAAACCCCCUUCGUGGCGAGGAGCCUCCUGGAGAAGCUUUCCCGGCAAAUCCGCGUCAUGGAGAAGCUCGCCGCCCUCAGUGACGAGCACCUGGGGAGCAUCGGCUCCGUCCUGGACGCCGUCCCCGAGCUCCACCAGCAGCCGGCCCUGCUGUCCCUCUGGACCGCGUGCUGCGGCCCGGCGGGCGUGUACCACAGCUCGGCCGACCGGCUGGUCCAGCAGCUGGAGGCCAGCUUCGCCGGCGCCAUCGACGCGGACUACCCGGGCCUGGCAGACCCAGUGUUCCGGACGCUGGUGGCCCAGAUGCUGGACCGGCCGGAGCCCCUGCUGCCCCCCAGCCUGGCCUCCGAGGUGGUCACCGUCUUCCAGUUUCACGGCUACUUCUCCGGCCCGGGAGCCGGCGGCCUGGAGGGCCACGUGCGGCAGCUGGCGGGGCAAGUCGCCAUGGCGCGCAGCCUGCAGUCGCUGCGGGAGGAGAAGCUGCGGCAGGCGGUCAGCGGCCUGCCGGCCCAGCGGGAGGUGCUCCGGGCCCUGGCGCUGCUCCUCACCGGCGCCGACCGCGGCGUCAGCCAGGCCGUGCGGCUGUACCUGGAGGCGGCCGCUGGGAACCAGCAUUUCAGGGAGAAGGCCCUGCUCUACUACUGCGAGGCCCUGACCGCCCGCGACCUGCAGCUGCAGAAGGCGGCGUGCCUGGCUCUGCAGAGCCUGCAGGCCACAGAGAGCAUCAGGAUGCUGGUGAGCCUGUGCCAGUCGGACGUGGAGGAGAUCAGAAACGUGGCCACCGAGACCCUCCUGUCUCUGGGGGAAGACGGGCGGCUGGCCUACGAGCAGCUGGACAAGUUCCCCCGGGACUGCGUCCACGUCGGAGGCCGCCACGGGACCGAGGUGGCCACGGCCUUUUAACGGCCCCGCAGCUGCCUUCGCAGACGGCCGUGGGCCCGCAGGCGCCGGCGUGCAGCCGGCAACCUCCCGCGGUGCAGACGGGGGGGCCUCUUGCCGGCCGCUCCAGAGGGCCGUGUGCGGCGCAGCAGGCCAGCCACCGCGCCGGCUGUGGACAGGCUGCGCAACAGAGCCCGUCGUGGUCGGUGACACGGAUGGAAUUUCAAAACAGCCAUCUUUAAAAAAUAACAUGAGAAACAAAAACAGCCAUCUUUAAAAAAUAACAACAAAAACAGCCAUCUUUUUAAAACACACACACACACACAACAGCCACCUUUGUGCUUUUCCAGACGUUAGAGCCUGCGGCCGCCCUGUGAGGCUCGGUAAAUGUCCGACAGCUGCUGUUCUCUCCAUCGUGUUCUCAGGGUGGAGGGUCCCGACCCCCAACCCCCACCAGCGGCCUGAUGUUACCUUCUGUGAAAAGCACAAAAAGCAGUUCCUUCCAAUAAAAGCCUGCCUGCCUGCCUGCCUGCAGGCCCGGGCAGGACGCCACCUGUAAGAGCGUGAUGUGGCCCCGUGUCCCGUGUCCCGUGUCACUGUGCCUCCUGCUCCUCUUCCCCCUCCCCAGAGCUCCAGAGGCGUGUUCCCAUGGUGGCGGGGAGGUGGCCGGGAGCAGACGACCUCAUGAGGUCACACCCUCCUCCUCAAACACAGAGGCACGCCACCCGUAGCCUUGUAUUUUUGAACAAACGAGCCAUUUUUUUACUGAUCUUUUUUCAAUCGAGGUUCUCAGCUGCUAAGACCAAACCCAGUGCCGAUUCAGAAAAGCUGGGGCGUCCCAGGAGGUGCGAGGGCGCGGAAGUUGGAGGGACAUUGAAAAGGGGUCCUUGCUCCCGUGACAACCCCAUGAGGUCAGGAUGAAGGCUGCCCCUUGGGGUGGUGACUGCCCCCUGCUGGGACCCCUUGGCCAAAUAGAACAGCAGCCACCCCCGUCGCUAAAGUCGGUACCCGCCCGGGAGCUCCCGGUACCUAACGGGGUGUCUUCCUAAGCAUGUUUGGGGCGGGACAUGCCAAGUUACCUAAUAGGUGUGAGUGUAGCGUGAACUGUGCUCUGGAUGUGUUUGUAUAAGAUACCAGUGAGGUGUCACGUCUAAAUAUUUACACUUCAGCAGACCUUUAAAGCAGCUCUUAGUUCACGUUAAACUGUGUCUGCCGGGCUUCCCGGCAAAUAGUCCUUGGGACUGUGAAGUUACAGUGUGUGUAUAUAUAUCUAUUUGUAUAUUUAUAAAUAUUAUAUAUAUAUAUGCCUAUAUCCUUCCUUUGAAAAGUUCCUUGUACAGUCUAUAGUUAGUCUGUAUAAGCUGCCGUCCAUAUGAAAUGGUGGAGAGGAUUUUUUUUUAAUAUAUUAUAUAUAGAAAACUCAAAACUCAAAUCACGAAAGUUACCAAGUGUUUUGUUGGUUUUGGUGUGUGUUUAAAAAAAAAAAAAAAUUUUGAAUAUUGCAUGAGCAAUGGACUCCGGGUCUUUUGUAUUCACUUCUGCAUUUUGCUUUGGUUGAGGGGGUGCGUUGUUUUGUGGCAUUUGUAUCUGUCACUGUACCCAUCCUGGACGUUCAAAUAAAAAUUAUUUUUGAAUCUCUGGUCUC